AUGCCUAUGCAGCCCAUAGGCCAGCAGUUUUCGGACGUAGACCCUCUGAUGAGAUGGACUUCACCCGAUAAUUCUAGUAACUUUGUCGAUGACGGCUCCCAGGGGCUGGGCUCCUUUGGCCUGCAGCAGCCAGUCCCACCCCACUUCCCUCAACCCAUACCCGCAACUCCAUCCAACAUGCUGGCGCGACGCGUCAUGAAUCGCGCAUUGAUCCCAACUGGUUCCAGAGCGAGCUUCGACGCAAAUCCGGACCCUUGGGCCAGUCUGGUCCCAGCCGAUCCCUCUACCCUGGAUACGACAGUAAACCCGGAAAUGAGCGAACAGGAGAACUUGCAACACCUUGAACAACUAGCCCUCAAGGCAAAGAGAGAUGCUGAGGCGAAGCGCAAACAAAUACCGCCGUUUGUGCAGAAACUCAGCAGCUUUCUCAAUGAAGGGAAGAACGAAGACCUAAUUAGGUGGUCCGAAAAGGGCGACUCUUUCAUUGUUGUAGACGAGGAGGAAUUCGCAAAGAAGCUCAUCCCUGAGCUCUUCAAACACAACAAUUACGCAUCCUUCGUCCGCCAGCUGAACAUGUACGGAUUCCACAAGCGCGUUGGCCUAUCAGAUAACUCGAUGCGCGCGAGCGAACGGAAGAACAAGAGCCCCAGCGAAUACUCGAAUCCUUACUUCCGGAGAGGACAUCCCAACCUGCUUUGGCUUAUAACCAAACCAAAGAGCAGUAGCAAGGCGAAGAAGUCAGCCAAGUCUACAGACCCAGAAGUCGACAGUGAUGAGGACACUGGGUCGCCAAACGGCCCGUCGUACACAGCCAUCCCUGGUGGCAUGUCACUCUCCGAGACCGGCGCCGGCUUGAAGAAGAAGGAACUCGCUUUAAUCCGGGACGAAUUCAAGAAGUUACGCGAGCAUCAGCAAGUUAUCCUCCAACGUAUGCAACGGCUCGAACAGAACCAGCAGCGCAUCGAACAGCAACAACGUGCACAGCAGCAAAAGGAUCAGCGCGUAGACGAAAUCUACCGCCUGUUCAUGCGUCACGAGACCUCGCUGCAGAGCAUGAUGCAAAUACUCGCUUAUCACUUUAAGAAGACCUUGGAGGAUAACAAGUCGGCACAGCAAAUCAAAGACAUCAUGGCUACGGGGUUCCUACCAGGUGGUCACGGGUCUCACGGCAUUGUCGAACUCGAGGACUUCGUGCAAAACCAACCCAAGUCACCGACUCCAAUGGGUGUACCGAAGAGAGCGCGAGCGCUGCUGGAGGCACCACCCACGAUACCAAAGACUGGCAACGUCAGAACAGUUCCCGCAUCCCCCGCAUCUGCCCAAGGAUUCUCCGCUCCUGAAAUGGGUAGCGUGACGGAAAUAUUGGACGCGUCUCCAGCCGAUACCACAUCUCCACCAUACCUCCCUACCUCCCUCUCCCCGAACUCGCAAGAGAAGCUCUUGAGAAUGUUCCAGGACGCCAAUGCCUCGGCAGCAACGGCGUCGAUGUCCUCCGCUCAACCCAACCCUUUCGCACAGGCCGUACCACAACCAUCUACGCGAAUUAACCCUCCGCAACAAAUACCUAAUCUUCCGCGGGGUUCUACCUCCACUACCGCAUCAACCGUCAGCCUUCCUCCCAACAGCCUUCCCUCGGCGAGUAUUCCCGUUUCCGCACCCACUACAGGUCUUCCUACGAUCCCAUCCGUUUCCGCGCCACCCGUUAUGCCAGUUUCCUCAGCUAUGCCUUCCAACCUUGGCAACCUCUCGGGCGUUGUCCCCGAUCCUUCCCAGUACUCGGCGUUAACGAGCAUUCCUCCCGCCGUGGAGAAUAUCAGCUACAACUCGAAGGAAUACGAGCACCUUAAGAAGUUGCAAGCGGCACAAGAUGCCCAGAUCCAACUCCUCGGAUCGAAGAUUGCGCCCCUCAGCCCUUCGGGACAGCUCCCCGGCUUCGGCGGACCAGGCGACACCAACGAAUAUUUCUCCGGCGCCAAUUUCGACCUCAACGAUCCCACGUUCAACGAGUUCAUCAACUCCGACCCGUUUAGCGGCGAGGGUGCCCCGGACCUCACGAACGCCGCGGUCCCGACCGACGACUUUGGGCACGAUUUUGAUUUUAGUCUUAUUGACCAAGAUGGUGGGGUCAGCGGCGCCAACGCUACUGAUGCGAAGAAUAUUCCGAGUCCUAGCGGGACUGAGGAGAUACUUCGCGACGACAUCGUGGACAGCCCCGACCGCGGCUCUAAACGACGCAAAGUCCAGUAG